AUGGCCCAGAUGGCCAUGAGGAUGCCUACGAGCUGCACCACUCCGCUCCCAGGACUGGCGGCAGACGACACCUGUAAGAAUUGCCGUAACGGCUACGGUUUACUUUACCCUUUACCCUUUCUCACCUGGGGAUCGACGGGUGAUUCGGGGCUCAUCGGGGUGUUGGCCGAUUGGGUGCUGUCCGUGGUGUUGGCCGAUUGGGUGCUGUCCGUGGUGUUGGCCGAUUGGGUGCUGUCCGUGGUGUUGGCCGAUUGGGUGCUGUCCGUGGUGUUGGCCGAUUGGGUGCUGUCCGUGGUGUUGGUCGAUUGGGUGCUGUCCGUGGUGUUGGCCGAUUGGGUGCUGUCCGUGGUGUUGGCCGAUUGGGUGCUGUCCGUGGUGUUGGCCGAUUGGGUGCUGUCCGUGGUGUUGGCCGAUUGGGUGCUGUCCGUGGUGUUGGCCGAUUGGGUGCUGUCCGUGGUGUUGGCCGAUUGGGUGCUGUCCGUGGUGUUGGCCGAUUGGGUGCUGUCCGUGGUGUUGGCCGAUUGGGUGCUGUCCGUGGUGUUGGCCGAUUGGGUGCUGUCCGUGGUGUUGGCCGAUUGGGUGCUGUCCGUGGUGUUGGCCGAUUGGGUGCUGUCCGUGGUGUUGGCCGAUUGGGUGCUGUCCGUGGUGUUGGCCGAUUGGGUGCUGUCCGUGGUGUUGGCCGAUUGGGUGCUGUCCGUGGUGUUGGCCGAUUGGGUGCUGUCCGUGGUGUUGGCCGAUUGGGUGCUGUCCGUGGUGUUGGCCGAUUGGGUGCUGUCCGUGGUGUUGGCCGAUUGGGUGCUGUCCGUGGUGUUGGCCGAUUGGGUGCUGUCCGUGGUGUUGGCCGAUUGGGUGCUGUCCGUGGUGUUGGCCGAUUGGGUGCUGUCCGUGGUGUUGGCCGAUUGGGUGCUGUCCGUGGUGUUGGCCGAUUGGGUGCUGUCCGUGGUGUUGGCCGAUUGGGUGCUGUCCGUGGUGUUGGUCGAUUGGGUGCUGUCCGUGGUGUUGGCCGAUUGGGUGCUGUCCGUGGUGUUGGCCGAUUGGGUGCUGUCCGUGGUGUUGGCCGAUUGGGUGCUGUCCGUGGUGUUGGCCGAUUGGGUGCUGUCCGUGGUGUUGGCCGAUUGGGUGCUGUCCGUGGUGUUGGCCGAUUGGGUGCUGUCCGUGGUGUUGGCCGAUUGGGUGCUGUCCGUGGUGUUGGCCGAUUGGGUGCUGUCCGUGGUGUUGGCCGAUUGGGUGCUGUCCGUGGUGUUGGCCGAUUGGGUGCUGUCCGUGGUGUUGGCCGAUUGGGUGCUGUCCGUGGUGUUGGCCGAUUGGGUGCUGUCCGUGGUGUUGGCCGAUUGGGUGCUGUCCGUGGUGUUGGCCGAUUGGGUGCUGUCCGUGGUGUUGGCCGAUUGGGUGCUGUCCGUGGUGUUGGCCGAUUGGGUGCUGUCCGUGGUGUUGGCCGAUUGGGUGCUGUCCGUGGUGUUGGCCGAUUGGGUGCUGUCCGUGGUGUUGGCCGAUUGGGUGCUGUCCGUGGUGUUGGCCGAUUGGGUGCUGUCCGUGGUGUUGGCCGAUUGGGUGCUGUCCGUGGUGUUGGCCGAUUGGGUGCUGUCCGUGGUGUUGGCCGAUUGGGUGCUGUCCGUGGUGUUGGCCGAUUGGGUGCUGUCCGUGGUGUUGGCCGAUUGGGUGCUGUCCGUGGUGUUGGCCGAUUGGGUGCUGUCCGUGGUGUUGGCCGAUUGGGUGCUGUCCGUGGUGUUGGCCGAUUGGGUGCUGUCCGUGGUGUUGGCCGAUUGGGUGCUGUCCGUGGUGUUGGCCGAUUGGGUGCUGUCCGUGGUGUUGGCCGAUUGGGUGCUGUCCGUGGUGUUGGCCGAUUGGGUGCUGUCCGUGGUGUUGGCCGAUUGGGUGCUGUCCGUGGUGUUGGCCGAUUGGGUGCUGUCCGUGGUGUUGGCCGAUUGGGUGCUGUCCGUGGUGUUGGCCGAUUGGGUGCUGUCCGUGGUGUUGGCCGAUUGGGUGCUGUCCGUGGUGUUGGCCGAUUGGGUGCUGUCCGUGGUGUUGGCCGAUUGGGUGCUGUCCGUGGUGUUGGCCGAUUGGGUGCUGUCCGUGGUGUUGGCCGAUUGGGUGCUGUCCGUGGUGUUGGCCGAUUGGGUGCUGUCCGUGGUGUUGGCCGAUUGGGUGCUGUCCGUGGUGUUGGCCGAUUGGGUGCUGUCCGUGGUGUUGGCCGAUUGGGUGCUGUCCGUGGUGUUGGCCGAUUGGGUGCUGUCCGUGGUGUUGGCCGAUUGGGUGCUGUCCGUGGUGUUGGCCGAUUGGGUGCUGUCCGUGGUGUUGGCCGAUUGGGUGCUGUCCGUGGUGUUGGCCGAUUGGGUGCUGUCCGUGGUGUUGGCCGAUUGGGUGCUGUCCGUGGUGUUGGCCGAUUGGGUGCUGUCCGUGGUGUUGGCCGAUUGGGUGCUGUCCGUGGUGUUGGCCGAUUGGGUGCUGUCCGUGGUGUUGGCCGAUUGGGUGCUGUCCGUGGUGUUGGCCGAUUGGGUGCUGUCCGUGGUGUUGGCCGAUUGGGUGCUGUCCGUGGUGUUGGCCGAUUGGGUGCUGUCCGUGGUGUUGGCCGAUUGGGUGCUGUCCGUGGUGUUGGCCGAUUGGGUGCUGUCCGUGGUGUUGGCCGAUUGGGUGCUGUCCGUGGUGUUGGCCGAUUGGGUGCUGUCCGUGGUGUUGGCCGAUUGGGUGCUGUCCGUGGUGUUGGCCGAUUGGGUGCUGUCCGUGGUGUUGGCCGAUUGGGUGCUGUCCGUGGUGUUGGCCGAUUGGGUGCUGUCCGUGGUGUUGGCCGAUUGGGUGCUGUCCGUGGUGUUGGCCGAUUGGGUGCUGUCCGUGGUGUUGGCCGAUUGGGUGCUGUCCGUGGUGUUGGCCGAUUGGGUGCUGUCCGUGGUGUUGGCCGAUUGGGUGCUGUCCGUGGUGUUGGCCGAUUGGGUGCUGUCCGUGGUGUUGGCCGAUUGGGUGCUGUCCGUGGUGUUGGCCGAUUGGGUGCUGUCCGUGGUGUUGGCCGAUUGGGUGCUGUCCGUGGUGUUGGCCGAUUGGGUGCUGUCCGUGGUGUUGGCCGAUUGGGUGCUGUCCGUGGUGUUGGCCGAUUGGGUGCUGUCCGUGGUGUUGGCCGAUUGGGUGCUGUCCGUGGUGUUGGCCGAUUGGGUGCUGUCCGUGGUGUUGGCCGAUUGGGUGCUGUCCGUGGUGUUGGCCGAUUGGGUGCUGUCCGUGGUGUUGGCCGAUUGGGUGCUGUCCGUGGUGUUGGCCGAUUGGGUGCUGUCCGUGGUGUUGGCCGAUUGGGUGCUGUCCGUGGUGUUGGCCGAUUGGGUGCUGUCCGUGGUGUUGGCCGAUUGGGUGCUGUCCGUGGUGUUGGCCGAUUGGGUGCUGUCCGUGGUGUUGGCCGAUUGGGUGCUGUCCGUGGUGUUGGUCGAUUGGGCGCUGUCCGGACGCGAGAGGAUUGCGCCACAC